AAAAAGUAUGAGCUUGGAACUUCCUUCAGUCGACCUAUGAAAAGCGAGAGCAGCUAGUUCCUCGGACGAGCUGGGAGAAUGAAUCUUCUGAAGUUGGCAGCACUGAUGUUUACACCUGUCAGCAGACGACGACACACGCGGCGACAGCGGGUGACAAGUGUGUGCGAGUAAUUCGUUACUUUUACUUCGAAUUUAUACUCAAUUAGAUCCAGAUCGCAUCAGAUUGCACUCCGAGUCUCGUGCUUUGGCGUCCUUUUAUGUUAUAUCGUUGGAAGAAAAUUGUUUAUCGCACGGUUAACAGCAGCUAACCUCUCGGCGGACGCUACCGUUGUCGAAAAGUUAUCGCUCAAAGAAUAUGUCCGGAAUAGUUCAGUAUGUGGUGGUGCGGGGAGAUCUUAUGAGGACAAUGGGGUGGCCGCUGGGCGCUGUGGUUGCCCAAGCGUGUCACGCGUGCACCGCCGUUAUACAUCUCUUUUACAAUGACGCCCACACGCAGGCCUACCUCGCUGAUUUGGACAAUAUGCACAAGGUGGUCCUUGAGGCCGCCGACGAAGCCGGUCUGCAGGCGCUGUGCGCAAAACUGAGGGAGGACGACAUUCAGCACAAAUUGUGGAUAGAACAGCCCGAGAACGUUGCGACAUGCUUGGUAAUCAAGCCCUACCCCAAGGACAAGGUGCAGUCGUAUUUCAAGAAGUACAAGUUACUCAAGAUGUGACGGAUGUAAAUGACAAUAUAAACACGAAUGAAGACACGGAA